AGCAGCGCGCCCUGAUCCGCUCCUCUCAGGGAUGCUCCGCAGACAAAGGAAGGAGCUCUCUGUGCGGCGGGCGGUAAUUAUCACGGAACCGAGAGCAGACGGAAAGUUGCAGCAGACACGCGCACACACCACUGUGCCACAUCACACCAGCGGCUCGCCGCAUUGCGCGCGUUUCUAACAUGCGUUUGGAACUUUUGGCGCUGUCGCUCCUCCUCACAAGCUGUUGUUGCGUUCCGCAGCGGAGAUGUCAUCCAGGGGACGAGUUCUUAGGAAUGUGCAGCAGCGCGCAGGAAGUAACACCUACCUGCACAGAGAUGAACCUCGGCUACUGUAACGAUGUGGAAUACACGAGAACCAUAUUCCCCAACAUCCUCGGUCACCGGAGUCGUCUGGAAGUAGAGUCAGGGGCAGAGUACCUCCUCCUCAGUGUCAUCCAUGCUCUGCUCAACGGUGAGUGCUCCCCUGAGAUCCGUCUCGUAGGCUGCUCCGUGCUAGCCUCGCCCUGCCGGGAUAACAAGAUGAUAAAACCGUGCCGCAGCACAUGUGAGGCGCUGAGGAAGGACUGCAGACACGCCUUUGACGCCAUCGAGAUGGCCUGGCCUUACUUCCUGGACUGUGAUCGCUUCUUUGCCAGUGAAGAAGAAGGCUGCUUUGACCCUCUGGCUGGGCUGAAAGCCAGACAGGAGCUGGCGCUGUCCAGCCUCUCACCUGAGGAGCCCAGCACCAUCAUCCAGUUCACGUACACCUCCAACGCUCAGAUGUACAGCUUGCUGAAGAGGACAGCAGCCAAGUGCUCCCACAUCUCUCACGUGUACAGCAUCGGACGCAGUACGGAGGGCAGGGACCUGCUGGUGAUUGAGUUCACAGACAACCCCGGACAGCACGAGCUACUUGAGCCCGAGAUCAAGUUGGUGGGCAACAUGCAUGGAAACGAGGUGCUGGGUCGUCAGCUGCUCAUCUACUUGGCCCAGUAUCUGUGCUCAGAGUACAUUCUGGGGAACCAGAGAAUCCAGACCAUCAUCAACACCACUCGGAUCCAUAUUCUGGCCUCCAUGAACCCCGAUGGCUACGAGUUGGCUGCCUCAGAGGUAGAGGAUAGCAAUGACCCGGAGCUCUCCAACCAGGAAGGUCACUUGUUGAACGGCUGGACAAACGGACGGACUAACGCCCAGAAUCUCGACCUGAACCGCAACUUUCCGGAUCUCACGUCCAUCUUCUACCGGAACAGGCGAAGCAGACACUACCGCUCUGACCACAUCCCAAUCCCAGAUUCCUACUGGUUUAGCAAGGUGGCACCAGAGACUUAUGCAGUAAUGAAGUGGAUCAGGUCACUGCCUUUUGUUCAGUCGGCCAGCCUCCAUGGAGGAGAGCUGGUCAUCUCCUACCCCUUCGACUUCUCCAAACACCCACACGAGGAGAAGAUGUUCUCACCCACUCCAGAUGAGCAGGUCUUCAAGCAGCUGGCUCGAACCUACGCUGAUGCCCACGCCACCAUGUCCAACAAUGACACAGACAGAUGUGGAGCCUCCUUCUAUCGGAAUAGGGGCAUCAUCAAUGGGGCGCUGUGGUACAGCUUUGCUGGGGGCAUGUCUGACUUUAAUUACUUGCACACCAACUGUAUGGAGAUCACAGUGGAGCUUGGAUGUGACAAAUUCCCCUCCGAGGCGGAGCUUUACCCAGAGUGGAAGCGGAAUAAGGAAGCUCUGCUCAGUUUUCUCGAGUCUGUCCAUCGAGGAAUUAAAGGUGUUGUUAAGGAUUUGGAUGGAAAUGGUAUAAAAGGUGCCACGGUCUCUGUCAGGGGGAUUAGAAGAGACGUCACCACAGCUGAGGACGGGGACUACUGGCGGCUGCUGAAUCCUGGCACCCACAUCCUGACCGCUACAGCCAAGGGUUUCUCCAAAGUCAGCAAAAGAGUUUAUUUGCCUCACAACAUGAACAAGGCUGGACUGGUGGACUUUGUCCUGGAGAAGGUUCCCGUGGAGCCGGACAUCAAUGACCACCUUUUCCCUACGACGGACACCUGGGACCGGUUUGACCCCUACAACCAGUUUGAACGCUACAGCAGUCCAGAUGUUGCUGAGGGGGACGUGGAGAGGGAGGAGAAACCGUGGUGGUGGAACUACUUCUCCCAGUCUGGAAUCUCUCCUCCAAACUGGCUUCUGAGAAACGUGUAAAACAAGAUCUGGGGAAAAAAAAACAACGAGGAAACUUGUGAUCUUUAUCCAGUCCCGGCCGUGCUUUUGGGUGUAGCAGGAACACUGAAACUCUCAAUAAACAACAAACAAACAAUAAAACAACCUGACAUAAUCGCUCUCAACCAGGACGAGUAAACACAAUUUGAACCAGAUCACUCAGGUCAUUCAAUUUAAAUUGGCGUAAAACUGUUGCAUAUGUAAUUCUUACACACAGAAAUGUGAUUUGGUGACAGGUUCUCCCCACAUUUAGAUGAUAAAUUCCUUUUAUGCUUGUCGGUAUUUACUGUAUUGCAGUUACAAGCCAACAGACACGUGAAGCAUCUGCAUUUAAAGCUUUGUAAUGUGCAAACAAAAGAACUGAGAGCUUUGUUUCCAUUUCUGGACAUAAACAUAUAAUAAACAGUGAAACAAG